AUGAAAGUGAGCCAGUUUAAAAAGUUUAUGGAGAUGUUGAACAAAAUACAGGUCAACAUUACAUUUUGUGAAGCUCUUGAACAAAUGCAUGUUUAUGCUAAAUUCAUGAAAGAGAUCUUAUCGGGAAAGCAAAAUUUGAAGCAUAAUGAAAACAUUGCUUUGGCGGAAGAGUGCAAUGUUAUCAUUCAGAGAAAGCUUCCACCCAAACUCACUGAUCCAAGAGCUAACAUCAAUCUGAUGCUGCUAUCUAUGACAAGGAAGCUAAAUUAUGGCGAACCAAAACCAACUGAAAAGACCUUGACACUAGCAGAUCAUUUUAUCGCAUACCCUUAUGAAGUUCUUAAAGAUAUCCUUGUUAGGGUCGAUGGGUUAUUGUUUCUAGCUGAUUUCAUAAUUCUUGACAUGCCUGAAGAUUCCGAGACACCAUUAUUGUUUGGAAGACCAUUCCUGGAAAAUGGUAAAGCUUUUAUUGAUGUUGAAUUGGGUGAGUUAACAUUGUGGUUUAAUAAGGAAAAACUUGUCAUCAAUGUGUUUGAAGCAAUGAACAACCAAAAAGAAAACCCCCAGUGUUACCAGAUAAACAUAAUGAAAGAAAUAUCUAAAGGGCAUCAUGGAAAGAAGCUGGUAAGAAAAGAAUUUCAAGUUCUACAGAAGGUCUUAUUGUAUAAAUCUUGCUUGAAAUGGUUAAUUGGUAAGUGGAAAUCUAGAUGGUCUGGUCCCUUUAUUGUGAAUAAAGUGUUUGCAAAUGGUGCAAUAGAAGUAUAA